CCCACAGGAUCCUCCCUGGAGGAUCGAUAUUUGGCACAGCUGGUACAAGGCACAGAGGGAAAGCCAAUCAGAGGGAGCAGCUAGUGAGCCAGUCAGUUUGGCUGGAGGACCGUUAAGUAGGUGAAGAGGAACAACGUAAAAAUAAAUCUGGAGCGGUGGACUGCUGCCCCCUCCCCCCACAAGGGGCUUCCGACUUCGAAGGUGGUCUUUGGGAGUCGAGCCUCAAACAACGCUAUAACCCCGAAGGGGCUGGUCUCCCAGAUCUGGAGCUUCGCUCCUUAGGCACGCAGAGUCAGAGGGAGGUGCUGAUGCCCACGGCGCCCAAGCACGGAGCGAAAGAGCAGGCUGCUGUCCAGGGCGUGGCCGCUGGACGAGGAAUUUUUGGGACCAGGGCCCCCGGCUGCCCGCCUCCCUCUGCGGGAGGAGCCCCGCAGGACGAGGGAGGGAGGUUUGGUCAGGGCGUGGCGCUGGAGAAAGGGCAGCCCCUAAAGACCCCGGCCCCGCCCGUCUGAGUCACGGACCCCGGCCCUCCAGCUGCGCUCCCCGCCCCCGGAAGGAGGAGCCCGGGAGACCGCUGGGCACAGCACAAGCGGCAGAGGGAGGAACGGGACGGGACCAGAUUGGAGUGGGCUCGGGCGCGGGCAUCUCGAGGGGCCAUGGGUGAAGGCGUGCCGGCGGCUGAAGCCGUGGAGCGCGGCCCGGUGCACGCGGUGACAGUGGUGACGCUACUGGAGAAGCUGUCCACCAUGCUGGAGGCGGUGCGGGAGCGCCAGGGCGGCCUGGCCCGGCGGCAGGGAGGCCUGACGGGCACUGUGCGCCGCAUCCAGAGCGGCCUGGGCGCGCUCAGCCGCAGCCACGGGGCCACCAGCAACACGCUGGCCCAGCUGCUGGCCAAGGCCGAGCGCGUCAGCACGCACGCCCACGCCGCCCGCGAGCGCGCCAUCCGCCGGGCGCUCCAGGUGCAGCGGCUCGAGGCCAACCACGCGCUGCUGGUCGCCCGCGGCCAGCUGCACGUCCAGCUCUUCAAGGAGGAGGCAGAAAUUCCAGCCAGAGCUUUUCAAAAGGAGCCAGAAUCCACAGAGCUGGAAGAGAAGGAACUGGGACCAGAGGCUCUAGAAGAGCUGGAAGAAAGGGACAGCUCAGAUGAGGAGCCAGUGGAAUCCCGGGCCAAGCGUCUUCGGCGUACUGGUUUAGAGAAGGUGCAGAGCCUUAGAAGGGCACUGUCCACCCGAAAGAGCAAGGGUCCUGCCCCACCUCCACCUACUCCCACCAAGCCUCCCCGAUUGGGCGCUAACCAGGGCGUUGAAAAUCAACCUGAGACAGGGGUAGUGGUUGAAGCAGAACCAGGGUUGGAGCUAGAGCCACCAAGAAUCCCUGCGGAAGAUCUAGAGAGCCCUGAGGCCAGGGAAACUCUGAUGCUUCAGGAAGAGGAUGCUGCCUAGUGCUCCAUCCUGCUUGCCCACUUCUCUGUGCCUUUAUCUUUAAUGGCACCAUCAGUUGCCAUGCAACAGAGCCCAGUUACUUAUAGAGCACCUAUACCCAAGCAAAGAAAGAACCCUGCCUUUAUAUCUCACCUCACUCCCUCCCUUGCUCCCAAACUCAGGCCUCCACUCCAGAGCCCUCCAGUCCACCCCAUUUUAAACCUCAGAGACCAACACUAUCACCCUCCCAAGUGUGCUCAAGAUUAAUAAACUAAUUUCACUAAC